ACAGUUGGCCUUGGAAACAUGGCGUCUCACUGACAGCUGUGGGGUUCCCAUUAUCUUGUCCAGCCACUGGUAUUAAGAGGUUGCACCAUCUACGGAGCCGUAUUUUACUCAUUUUUACAAUAUUUCGUGCUGCUAUCUCAGUGUCAUCUGCUGGGAAAGACGGUCAUUUACGAAAACAGCAGUGUUAACGAGUUUACAGCCAGUGUCACGCCCACUCCGAUCUAAAAGACGAUAGCCAACGUAACGGCGUUAGAGCUAGCUAGAUUCUGCUAGCUGCUGGUGCUAGAGAACCUGCCUCCAGUUAGCUUGCCUGUCAACACCAGACAGGAUCAGCUGAGGCUUGGUAGCUUACUCGUAACAAGCAACUAGCCAACAAGACACACAUUUUCGGACAUUUUCAGUGUCGUCGGAGGCAACAGAAUGUCUUUUGGGUAACGUUAGCUAGCAGGCAGCUGGCGUGCAAGGGCGUUUCUGUCAUUUCGUAUAUUGAAUUUUUAAUGUGCAACCUCUCUGGUAUUUUUCUCGGAGGAGAGAGAGAUGGGCUCCGGGGUCGUGGAUUCGUCCCAGUGGCUCUCAGUGAAGGAAGAAACAAUCUUCCUUCACGAUGGACUGAUUCGGGUCACGGAUCUGGCUGAACUGCCCAGUGAAAUUGGGGUGUCGGAGCAGGGUGAUACCGAGCAGGAGAUCCUCACGUUCGAGACCAAGAACCCGGCCGAGCUCGCCGAGCGUCUCCGCGCCGUCUGCGGAAACCAGAGCAAUGCGUACGCUCGCCUCCUGGAGUACCGGCUCAACGCGCUGCGAGGCCUGUGGGGGGCGCAGCGGCAGCUGGCCCUGGAGGAGCAGCAGGAACGCGAGGGGGCCGGGGGGGCAGACGAGGAGGCCCUGGCCCUCCUCAAGCGCCAGGGCCUGCUCCAGCAGCCCGAGCAGGCACCCUUCACCUCCCGCGUGGGCCUGCUGCUGGUGUUCCCCCUGCUGCAGUCGCAGACGCGCAGCGACCCCGCCCUCUGCGGGGUGACGGCCGAGGUGCUGCUGUCCUGCCUGAGGGACUGCCAGCCUCUCAGCCUCAGCAAGGAGCCGGCAGACUGCCUCAACGGCCUGGAGGGGUUGCUAUGCUCCUGGCUGGAGGAGGGCCAGGGUCAGGGCCAGACCCAGGGCCAGACCCUCCAUCCACCCAGGCAGAGGGAGAACGCAGCUGCGGCCCUGGUUGCGCUCGCUUGUGCCAGGGGGUCCCUAAAAACCUUCAUCCACACCGUUCACCUGCUACAGAAACAGUCCGAUUUAGGCCAACUUCCUGUGGCUGACGUGCUUUACAGACUCCUGGUGCUGGAGGGAGGCCCAGGCUCUCCCUCCUGCCUGCUGGGGGGGAAACACAGCGUGUCCUGGGGCUUCGAGGACAUGCUGCCCAUGCCCGAUACCACCGCUGGAGGAGCAGAGAGCAAAGACACAGACCUGGGCCGCUGCCUGGCCACAGAUGGCCUGUAUCUCUACACCACCAACUCCUUUGGGAGGGGGAUCAGCAAGCUGGGCUCUGGUCUGCACGGAACACUGAGGGGGUUUGUCUACUGUAGGAAUGAGGAGCUGGAGCCAGGCUGGGUGGUGUUCAGCAGCGGGCGUCUCCUCCACCGGCCUGCCUCCUUUGAUGCCAAGUCUCAUCAGUUGUGCCAGGUCCUGGACCCCUUCACCCUCCAGGUGUGCCAGAUUGUGCCCAUGCCAGCCCAUCACUUCCCUGUAGGUAGCAGCAUGAGCACCCUGCACUUGUGCUCCGAUGGAACCUGCCUGUACUGGGUCUGGUCUCCAGCCAGCCUCAACGAGAAGACCCAGAAAGGCCACUCGGUCUUCAUGGAUGUCUUUCAGCUGUCGACAGAGACAGGGCUGUGUGUGGCUAGCGUCCUGCAGGAGCGAGUGAUCCUGGCCAGGAAAGAGGGAGAGUCUUCCAAGUGUCUGAACGAGCUGCUGCUGAGCCGCAUGUCCCGCUUCCGCGCCUCGCACUCCGCCACGCUGGCCGCCCUCACCGGCUCCGCCAUCACCAACACCGUCAAGGAGGAGCAGUCUGCCGUCAACACCAGCUGUGGGCUCCCCCUGAAGACCCUGAGGAAGACCCCCAUGUACGUGUGCGGCACGUCCCUGGUGAUGCUGGCGUGUCCGCCCGGCGUGUCCGGCAGCUCCGCUACGCGCUCCCUCUUCGGCGGCACCAGCGGCCUCUCGUCCCUCAAGAUCCUAGCCUCCAGCCUGGUGUUCAGCCUGGCGGAUGGACAGUUCAGUAGCCGGGCUGACCUGGUGGACGCUCCUGGGAGCUCUCUGGGCAGGGGGGCCCAGGUAGCUGGGCUGGGCGCCUGCUACGAUGCCCUUAACAACCUGAUCUGGACCUGCUCCAACGACUACAUGGACCAGUGGUGUAACCCUGGCAACCAGGCCUUCCAUCACGUGUGCCACCGGCUUGGCGUCAGCCACGUCAUCAAAGAACCCAAAGAGGAGACUGUGGGCACGGGCGAUGUGAUCAACCAGCUGCUCCACCACGUGGGCGCCAUGUGCAUCCACCAGCUCAACCUGCUGGCCGCCAGCAGCUGCAACCUGCCCCUGGGAACCCUGCUGGGCAAGCAGCACCCCAUCGAGGCCCGCCACUUCAGCAGCAUCUGCGACAUCAUGGAGAAGGCCAUGGUCAACGGGGACACCUGCAUCAUCCACUGCAUCCUGGUGGUGUUUCAGGUGGUGUUCAGGUUCUUCAACCCCCAGUCUGAGCAGAACCGGGACACGGUGAGGCGAGCGGGCCUGUUGCUAUGGCAGCUGCUCAUGGCCCCGGUGGACCAGAUAGGAGCAGAGAUACAGGGAGAAGUUUGCUUGGCUAUCAGCUCGGGGCUGAACAUCUUGUACCAGGGCGAGUCUGAACUGAACAAGCUUCUGAAACUGGUCCUGACAGAAGGUGAGAGGAGCUGUGGUCUAUCCAAGCUUCGAGACGUCAUCCUCACUAACCUAGCAGACCAGCUGCAGAAGAACCGCUUCGGGAGUGAGGACGACGACCACGACAGACUGAGCGACGAGCUGCUGCACUGCAUCCUGAAGACGGUCGUCAGGGAAUCCUGCCUCCUCGUUACUAAGUGUCAGACCGUCGCCAGGGACGACUUCCAGAAGCUUCUCUCCACUGUGCCCGUGGCCUCCCCCAGUCUGCGGUACCUCAUGGCGGUUCAGAACCACCUCCUUAGCAACACGGUCCUGAUCCGCCCUGACGACAGCGACGACAGCGACAGCUCCCUACAGGGGGAAACAAUGAAGGUACAGGAGCUGCAGACCAGCAUCUUGUCCCUGGCCACCAAGAUCCUGGUGGGCUGCGAUGAGGUGCUGGAGACCCUUCAGCAGGUCACCACCGCCCUCAUCAACAGUGACAUCACCGACAGAGAGACCAGGCUGAAAGGCUUGGAGCAGGUGACCAAGGCCACCAUGUUGGGUCACCUGCUGCCUGUGCUGCUGACCUCCCUCAUGCACCCCAACCUGCAGACCCUCACCCUGGCCGACGCCCUCAUGCCCCAGUUGGUUCAGCUGGUCCUCUACACCAGCCAGACUGCCCUGCUUCUGAAGACCCAGUCUCCCCUCUUCAGUGAGGGCUGUCCUGUGGGGGGGCCGCCGACCACUGGAGUGAAGGACUCUUCUGCUGACGACAGCUUCCGCAUCCUGGAGGAGCGUGAGGAGCCGGGGUUCCUGACGGGGCUGAAGAUCCCCGCCCCGUGGGCUGCUGGGAAGACUGUGGAGACGGUCCACCCGGUGAGAGACAACUACAAGUUCAAAGAGACUGUUCACAUCCCCGGAGCCCGCUGUCUGUACCUGCGCUUCGACUCUCGCUGCUCCUCCCAGUACGACUACGACAAGUUGGUAAUCUACGCCGGCCCCAACACCAACAGCCGCAAGGUGACGGAGUAUGGAGGGAACACUCUGGGCUACGGCAGCCGCAGCGUCCUGGGGACCGGCUGGCCCAAAGACCUGGUCAAGGUGGAAGGCGACACGGUGACCUUCUCCUUCGAGAUGCGGAGCGGAAGAGAACACAACACUCCUGAUAAAGCCAUGUGGGGGUUUUCCUGCACCGUCAGAGCUCAGGAGUCAUCUGAGGAUGUGUCUGGAGGUCUUCCCUUCCUGGCCGACCUGGCGCUGGGUCUGUCCGUGCUGGCCUGCUCCAUGCUCCGCAUCCUGUACAACGGACCUGAGGUGACCAGAGAAGAAGAGGCCUGCCAGGACCUGCUCUGCUCCAAGCUGCUCCAGAGGUGCCAGUGGCAGGUAGAGGCCAACGGGGCCAUCUCCCCAGCCCUGACCCCCAGCCCUUCUCCUCUCCCCCUGACCAUCGAGGAGGACCGGGAGUUCACCUACCCCAGUGACAUGCUCAUCCCCCCUCCAGGCCUCAUGCCCGGGGCAUACUUCGACCUGCCCCGCAUACGUCUGCCGCCGGGCAUCAUGGGCCGGCUGAGGGAGGUGUCUGGACGGGCCAGGCCGCAGUUCCGGCCCAGCAUCAAGGAGGUGAUCCGGCCUGACGUCAUGGAGGAGGUCAUCGUGUCGUGUGUGAUUAAACACUUGGCGCUGCUGGAUGCGCUGCAGUCGCUGGUCAACUUCCAGUACCGGGAGGAGCAUGUAGAGGAACACGACCUGCUGUGUAAGAUCAUGGCUGAGACCUUCAAGAAGAUCAACGCCAUGGAGCGACAGCUGCAGAGUGUAGCCGAGCUGGAGCAGAAGUGGCAGAACGAAGUGGACGAGGCCCAGCAGGGGAAGCUGGAGAACAACGCUCCCUUCUUCCACGACUACCACUUCUACGAGAACAAGAUGAAGGAGCUGGAGUUGCUGUGCUCGCUGAAGGAGGUUCCUCUGGACUGCAGCGAUCUGGAGAACGUAGUCCUCUCCCUACGGGAGAAGUUCUUCCAGGAAGUGAACUCGAUGCACGUCAAGAGCGCCGCCCCGCUGGCCAAGACCAAAGCCCUGGUGAAGAGUCUGAUGAACCGCACCGAGCUGCUGCUCCACGUCACCAUCGCCCCCCACUGCCGCAGCCUCACCACCACCCCGGCCGGCACGCCAGCCUGCACGUCGGUGUCCGACACCAAGACCAUGGUUCCCAUGGCGAAGCAGCCCGUGUUCCUGCGCAGCAUGUCUGCCCCCUCCGACCUGGAGAUGAUCGCCAGUCAGGACCUGGAGUUCACCCAUGCCGCCCAGAGGAGGCGCCACCACCCCAGCAGCCACAGGAGCAGCUCCUUCACCCUGCUGCAGUCUCUGACUGUGGAGGACAGCCGGGACAAGCCCACCUACAGCGUGCUGCUGGGACAGCUGUUCGCCUUCAUAGGGACCAUGCCCGAUCAGGCUGUGUCCAGCAGCAGCUUCCUGUCUGCGGCCCAGACGCGGUGGAGGCGUGGCAGCACCAGGAAGCAGGCUCUGGUCCACAUGAGGCAGCUGCUCACUGCUGCCGUCAGGGUGGGCGGGGUCACGCACCUGGUGGGCCCCGUCACCAUGGUGCUGCAGGGGGGGCCCAGGAUGGACGAGCUGACCUGCGGGGGGAUGGUGGAGCAGGUCCAGGAUUCCUUCGGGGAGACCAUGACGUCGGUCGUGUCUCUGUGCGCCCGCUACCCCAUAGCUUGUGCCAACAGCAUCGGCAUGCUCUGCACCAUCCCCUACACCAGGAGUGAGGAGCAGUGCCUGGUACGGAGCGGCCUGGUGCAGCUGAUGGACCGCCUGUGCAGCCUGAGCAGUCAGAAGGAGAGCGGCUCCAACGAGAAGCAGAGCAGGAAGCAGAAGGUGGCAGCCAUGGCCUGGGCAGCCUUCCAGGUGCUGGCCAACCGCUGCAUCGAGUGGGAGAAGGUGGAAGGUGGCUCCACGGACGCAGUGCAUUCUGGGUUGGCGCGACAGGUGUCCAGCCUGUUGACCAAUCACCUGGCGCGAGCCACUGAGUGCUGUGGUAACCAGGCGGCGGGUAACGACGCCCUGCAGGACGUCCUGAGCCUGCUCAACGACCUGUCCAGGAGCCACAUCGGCAAGGCCAUCCUGAGCCAGCCGGCCUGUGUGUCCAAACUGCUGUCUCUGCUGCUGGACCAGCGGCCCUCCCCCAAGCUGGUGCUCAUCAUCCUGCAGCUGUGCCGCGCCGCGCUGCCUCUGAUGAGCGUGGAGGACUGCGGGAACGUGGCGCUGCCCUCCUGGAGCUACUCCGUCAACGCCCUGGACGCCGAGCAGCAGGACGCUAGCGACCCCGCCUCCCGCAUCGCCUCCCUGCUGCUGGCCAAGCUGGCUGACUACGUGGUGCCAGGCUGCCAGACCCUGCUGUCCCCCAGCUCGUCGGAGCCCGACACCAGCCUGUCCCGCUCCAGCCCCAAGGGCUCCCUGAAGGGGGACAGGGAGGCAGGGGAGGAGGGCGAGGCCGUGGACGGCAAGCUGUCCAUCUUCAUCCACAAGAGGGAGGACCAGUCCUCGCACGAGGUCCUGCAGCCUCUGCUCAGCAGCUCGGAGGGACGGCCCUUCCGGCUGGGCACGGGGGCCAACAUGGAGAAGGUGGUGAAGAUGGACCGAGACAUGACCAAGAGCGGCUGCUGUGAGGUGAUCACGGAGGAGGCGUCUGCUGCCCUGAGGAAGGCUAACAAGUGGGCCCAGUCUGGGCUGAUCGUGAGCGUGGGUCCUCCUGUGGAGGCCCUGGCCCAGGAGGCUGCCGGAGGCGUCUCCACCGGGGACAAGAAGAAGACGGCGCAGACUGCCGUGUGUCGAGACAGGAACUCUGACCUCGCCAGAUCUGACCCAAUCAGGCCCUUCAUCAGUGGUCACGUGGCCAAUAGCAUGGCCGCUGAGGUCAUCGCCCUGCUGCACAGCCUUCUCACCGCCCCCGAGUCCAACACGGCCCAGAUCUGGACCAGCACUGCCGAGAAGGUGCUGUCCCGGGCGCUGAUGUUCAUCCCCCAGUUGGGUCGCUACGCUGACAGCAUCCUGGAGGGAGGCUGCAGCAGCGGCAGGAAGCUGGCCAAGCUGCAGGCCAGCGGGAGGCAGGCCGUGGCCGCACUCUGUGCCCUGGGGGGCUUCAAGGAGACCAUCAAGAUCGGCUCCGAGGUCCAGGUGGUGGGGAAAGGCGUGCUGGGCAGCGUGGGCGUGGUCUUGUCCAUCAACGAGCAGGAGGGCAUCGCCACGGUGAAGUUCCCCUCAUGCGAGUACAGGAGGGCGUGCAAGUCCUCCGACGUCCUGACGGUGCCCGUGUCCCGCCUCUGCACGCCUCGCUCUGAGGCCCUGCCCCUCUACAAGCUGUCCAUCACAGAGAAGGUGGUGCAGGCGGUGCAGUCCAUGCUCCUGCCACAGGAGGGCAGCCUCUCCAUCCACACCUCCCUCCCUGCGUCUGGAGACGGCUCCAGCCCUGUCAUGGCCGCCGUGCGCCUGCUGGCUGAGAUCAGGACCAGGGCGUGUCUGGUGAUGGCACAGCUGCUGGAGGACAGUUCGUUUUGUGAGGAGUUCAUCCAGCAGUGCCCCGCUGCUGUGGAGGUCCUCAACCUGGUGGCCCAGGAGUGCAGCCCAGGGGAGCGUCUGGGCAUGGUGGAGGCCCAGUGUGAGAGGGUGAGGAUGCUGUACAGAGACUGUGCCCGCCCCCCUCCCCCGCCCCUCCAGACCGACCGACGCCAGCCCAAGGAGGUCACCUGGUGCCCAUCACGGGUCUUCCCCCCGGUGAGAGCCUGCAUGUUCUCGUCCCGCCUCACCUCCGUCACCUUCCUGGCCGACCCCAGCGCCGGAGGAGGCCUCCCCAGGGGAACGUUCAUCUACGCCACCUCUCCUCUACCUGUGCAGGCUCCCUCCUUCUACUGGGAGAUUGAGAUUGUCUCCUACGGAGACUCGGAGGACGACAGCGGCCCCAUCGUGUCCUUUGGCUUCGCCACCGAUGCUGAGAAGAGAGACGGGGCGUGGACCAACCCUGUGGGCACCUGCCUGUUCCACAACAACGGAAGGGCGGUCCACUAUAAUGGCUCCAGCCUCCUGCAGUGGAAGAGUGUGAGACUGGACGUGUCCCUGCUGCCUGGGGAUGUGGCCGGGAUUGGCUGGCAGCGUUCCGAGGGCACGCCCCCUCCGCCCGGCCAGGCUCCCAAGGGGCGCGUGUACUUCACCUACUGUGGCCAGAGACUGGGACCCUUCCUGGAGGACGUGGCUGGGGGCAUGUGGCCCCUGGUGCACAUCCAGAAGAAGAACACCAAGAUCCGCGCCAACUUCGGCUGCCGUCCGUUUGCGUACGGCGAGGGCCAGGCCCACCGCAACGCCGCCGACCUCUGCGUCGACCUGGCGGAGGAGAUCAGCGCUAACUUCGAGGCCCUCCCCUUCGCCAUGGCCUCGGACAGCGACAACGACGCCGGUGCCAGCGUGGCGUCCGACUCCGGAUCCCACGGCCCUCCCUGUCGGAUCGCCGCUGUAGCGGUUGCCCAGCAACAGUACAACAGUGACUCGUCCUGCCUGUACAAGGUGGAGCUGAGCUACGACAACCUGGUGACCUCGGGGCCCGACCCCCACCCCCCGCCUAUCGCCGACGACGAGAGCGACGAGGACGACGACGAGGACGUUCCCAGGGAGGAUCACUACGCCCUCCUGGUGAAGGCCUGGGAGACCAAGGUGUUCCCCACCAUCCGUCGGCGCUUCAGGAACGAGGCGGAGAGGAAGUCCGGUCUGGACCAGAUCAAGGGAGCCCUGCAGCUGGGCAUGGUUGACAUCGCCCGGCAGACGGUGGAGUUCCUGUACGAGGAGAACGGGGGCAUCCCUCGAGACCUGUACCUCCCCACCAUCGAGGACAUCAAGGACGAGGCCAACAAGUUCACCAUCGACAAAGUCCGAAAAGGUUUGACCGUGGUGAUCCGCUGCCCCGACAGCAACAACACCAACAGCACCACAGGGGGCACGGCGCUGCCCAAGUUUGCCAUCCGGGGCAUGCUGAAGACCUUUGGCCUGCACGGGGUGGUGCUGGACGUGGACUCAGUGAACGAGCUGGUGCAGGUGGAGACGUACCUGCGGAGUGAGGGGGUGCUGGUGCGCUACUGGUACCCCCUGGAGACCCUGGAGCGCCCCCCUGCUGGCUCCCGCAGAACUGCAGCCAACGGCCUGGUGUCCCUGGACAGCAGCAACAUCCAGAUACACAGGGAGCUCCUCCGCAGCGAGAGUGCUCUGGCUCGGCUGUACUGCCGCAUGGCGCUGCUCAACAUCUUCGCCCCCAAGAGCCCGCACACCUUCACCAGGCUCUUCCACAUCCCCGCCAUCCGGGACAUCACCCUGGAGCACCUGCAGCUCCUGUCCAAUCAGCUGCUAGCCCCGCCUCUUCCCAAUGGCACCAUCAGCUCCAGCUCCAUCCUGCUGGCCCAGUCUCUCCUCCACAACCUGCAGGCCCAGAGCUGCUCCCCCACCGAGCUGUUCUACCAGGGCAACGCCCAGGCCAUCCGUGAGUGGCUGACGGUGGCCAUCACCCGGGCCCUGCACCAGGGGGAGGACAGCCUGCUGGAGCUCACCAAGCACAUCUGCUGUUUCCUGCAGAACGCUCCUGAGCAGUUCACCUCGGAGGAGUUCCCCGUGUCCGAGUCCAAGGUCAGCAUGGACUUGAACUUCCCCGGAGCGGCCUUCGUCAUCGUGUCCUGCAAGGAAAGCCAGCUGGGCUGCCGCAAGGACUCCAGCCUGUACAAGGCCCCGUGGGCCAGGGUCAUGGUGUACGGCCUGGGUCACAAGGUGCGCAGGAACGGCCAGCUCAACCUGAUGGAGGCGGUGUGUUACCCCCUGGACGCCUCGCCCUCCAACAUGGGCCUCACCCUGCCCCCCACCACCAACCAGUACCCCUCAGUCAUCAUCCCCACUGACAAGAUCCACAUCAGGCUAGGUGUGUCUCCCCCUCCUGGGGCCGUGCUGGUGCUGCACUCCCUCCCUCUGGAGUUCCCCCUGGCCAUGGCGUUCGCUGAGCAGCUGCUGACAUGGAAGCAGGGGGAGAGUGACGAGCGCUCUGAGGACGAGCUGGACAUGGUGCCCUCGUCCGUGCUGCUGCAGGUGGUGGAGCUGCUAGGAGGUUUACUGUGGACCACCGAUCUGGCCCCCUGCAUCAAGGAGCUCACCUUCCACCUGCUGGCCGAGCUCUUCCGGAAGAUUCACCACCUGGAGCAGCGGAAGAGCCCAGCAGGCCUGUCCAGCUCCAUCGCCCUGCUGCUCAACCCCUGUCUGGCCGUCCUCAUGGCCCUGCAGACGGAGCUACGCAAGCUGUACGACCGCGAGACCCAGGGCUGGGUGUCGGCCGGGACUGGCCCCGCCUCCUCCGGGGGCGUGGCCUUAGCCCUGGGGGCGGAGCAGAGCCGUUUCUCCACCUACUUCCACGCCCUGAUGGAGGUGUGCCUGGCCGUGGCGGAGGUGACCCUCCCUCUCAGCGUGGGCGGGUCGGGGGUGGGGGCGCUGUCCUCCACCAGCGCCCCCAACCUCAGCGACUCGUCCUCCUCCUCGUCCUCCUCCCCGGGUCAGACCCCCCAGAGCCCCAGCCUGCUGUCCAAGCGCAAGAAGGUCAAGAUGAAGCGCGAGCGGGCGGCGGCGGUGGCGGCCGCGGCGUCCGGCAAGCGCGGCUCGGGGGCGCGGCCGUCGGAGAGCGACAGCGCCCUGCUCAACAUGGCGGGCGGCAAGCCCGAGGACAUGCUGUGGUUUCACCGGGGCCUCACCCUGCUGAUGAUCCUGCGUCAUCUGGCCAGCAAGGACCCGCAGGGCCUGAGCGUCACCAGCGACGCCGUCAGCGACGCCUACCAGGCCCUGGUGGGGCCCACGGCCCACGGACGCCUCCUGGUGCUGUCUGGCCUCCCCAGCCACCUGGAGGAGGGCGCGGUGCGGAGCGCCAUCCGCAGGGCCUGUAACGCCCACGGGGGGCUCUUCAAGGACGAGAUCUUCAUCCCCCUGCAGGAGGAGGAACCCCGGAAGCCCAAGGUCUCCACCCCUCAGGACCCCAAGGUGCCCCCGGACCCCCCCGCCACCCGGGGCACCGAGAGCCCAGACAGCUCCAGCAGCGCCACCCCGGCCAUGAGCGUCAGCGCAUCAGCCUCCACCAGCCAGACGUCCCUCUGCAGCUCCACCCAGGGCGUCUCCCGCACGGCCAGCCAGCUCAGCGUGGACCAGGAGCUGCUCGCCGUGCCGCCUCUCAACCCCGCCGCUGCCGCAACCGCCUUGGGGGGCGCGGGCCCCCAGCCCCCCUCCCAGCCCCAGGACCCCCACACGGUGUCCAGUCAGGAGAGCCUGGACACGUCCCUGUGCAGCACGGGCAGCCUGGGCAGCCUGGGGAGCCUGGGAGAGGCCCCAGAGAGCACGGAGACGGCCUCCGUGUCGGAAGGGGGGUCCAUGUACACCGUCACCUCUCUGGACAGCAACGCCACCGUGGCCCGACCAAUCAAGGGCUACGCCGUCAUCGAGGUUCGCUCGCGGGCAAAAGUGGAGAAGAUCCGUGCCAGCCUUUUCAACAGCAGCGACCUGAUUGGCUUGUCCAGCCUGGAGGGGGAGGAGGAGCUGAUGGAGCUGACCAAUGAGGAGUUUCUGACAGCCUCCAGCGUCAACCAAAGCCUGUUCGACACUCAAGGAAGCUCUGCCCUCGAAGACUACUUCCUGGACAAGUCUAUAAGAGGCGACAAGCUGGUUCCGGGGGCGCGUGACGUUCUGACGGACAUCUUCAAGAGCUGCGUCCACUCGGAGCAGAUGCUGAGUCUCACUCCUGCCAAACCCCUGAAGGUGGUGGACAUCUUCCUCAGCAAGGAGCAGAUCAACUCCCAGACCCCCGGAAAUCUGCUGCACACUUUCUUCACCAACGUAAGGCCUCCUAAGAAGGUUCUGGAAGACCAGCUCACACAGAUUCUCCGUAAAUACGGGACGCCCAAACCCAACAAGAACAAGUACAGCAAGGCAGGCAAGGAGCAGCACCAGGGCAAGGUGGUCAGCACCAAGAGGACCAUCACCAAGCCCCCCACCAAGGAGAAGUCUGUGCUCAACAGCGUCAGGACGGCUCUGAGUGAAAAGAAGACCGUCCUGAAGCCCAAGUCUCCUGAGAAGUCCAGACCUGAGGACACAGACAAGUCUCCCGCCAAGAAGCCUGAAGUUCCAGAGGAGAAGUACCUCACUCUGGAGGGCUUCCACAAGUUUGCUGUCGACCGCGCCAAGCAAGACAUCCGUAGCAUGUGGAGGGCUCUUCUAGCCUGUGGUUAUGACCUCCACUUUGAAAGGUGUACCUGUCUAGACACCAGGCACGCUCAGAAGGCCUGCAGGAAGUGGAGCCUGGAGAUGGACGUGGCUCUGGUGCAGUACGUCAACAGGCUGUGCCGUCACCUGGCCAUCACCCCCGCACGCCUCCACCCCCACGAGGUUUACCUGGAGCCCAGCGACGCCGCCGACCCCCGCGUCACCUGCCUGCUCAACGUGCCGGUGGAGAGCCUGCGUCUGCGCUUCGCCCUGCUGCAGUCUCUCAACAACACCCUGGAGAGCUUCUUCCUGCCCCUGGUGGAGCUGAGGCAGACGCACACCUACCAGAACAGCAUCGCCGCCCUGCUGGCCGAAGCCAAAGGCCUGGUCUUCUAUGACACCAAGGUGACGGUGAUGAACCGUGUUCUGAACGCCACGGUGCAGCGCACGGUGGACCACGCCGCCCCUGAGAUCACCCUGGACCCUCUGGAGAUGGUGGGAGGGGAGAUCCGCACCCCAGAGAACACCUACUUCUGCCAGGCUGCGCUCCAGCUCUCCUGCGUGCCCUCCUCCCAGCUGUGUGUGAAGCUGGCCAGCGGGGGAGACCCCACCUACGCCUUCAACAUCCGCUUCACCGGGGAGGAGGUCCACGGCACCAGUGGCUCAUUUAGACACUUCCUGUGGCAGGUGUGUAAGGAGCUGCAGAGCUCCGCCCUCUCCCUGCUGCUGCCCUGCCCCAGCGCUGCAACCAAUCGCAACAAGGGGAAGUACAUCCUGACCCCUUGUCCAAUCAGCUACGCCGAGGAGCAGCUGCUGCACUUCUUCGGCCAAUUGCUGGGCAUCGCCAUCCGGGCGGACGUGCCCCUGCCCCUGGACCUCCUGACCUCCUUCUGGAAGGGGCUGGUGGCCGAGCCCCUGGACCCUGAGCUGGACCUGCAGGAGGCUGACCUGCUCACCUACAACUAUGUCAAGAAGUUUGAGAAUGUGAGCGAGGAGGCGGAGCUGGAGGCUCUGUGUGCGGAGAUCUCGUCCCAGCAGCACUCUGGGGAGAGCCCGGACUCGCCCAGCCGGCCCUGCUGCACCUUCACCUACGUCACCAUGACCGGGGACGAGGUGGAGCUGUGCCAGGGGGGACGCCACCUCUGUGUCAGCUGGGAGAACAAGGACGUGUACGCACGGGCGGUGAGGGCACUGCGCCUGCGGGAGCUGGAGAACCAGGAGUGCACCAGGGCGGUGCGGGCGGGGCUGGCCUCCGUCAUCCCCCUGCAGCUCCUCACCAUGCUGAGCCCCCUGGAGGCCGAGCUGCGCACCUGCGGCCUGCCCUCCAUCAACCUGGAGUUCCUCAAGGCCCACACCAUGUACCAGGUGGGGCUGAUGGAGACUGACCCGCACAUCGAGUUCUUCUGGGCCGCGCUGGAGACCUUCACCCAGGAGGAGCUCUGCAAGUUCAUCAAGUUCGCCUGCAACCAGGAGCGCAUCCCCUUCACCUGCCCUUGCAAGGACGGGGGGCCCGACACCGCUCACGUGCCCCCAUACCCCAUGAAGAUCGCCCCUCCGGAUGGUGCCGCAGGAUCUCCAGACUCGCGCUACAUCCGGGUGGAGACCUGCAUGUUCAUGGUGAAGCUUCCUCAGUACUCGUCCCUGGACGCCAUGUUGGAGAAGCUACGCUACGCUAUCCACUACCGAGAGGACCCGCUCAGCGGCUAGGCCCGUCGCCGUCGGAAACAACACCUCUGUGUGACCUCACAGCUAACCCCCCCCACCCCCCCCUACCCAUCAUGUUGUCCAACUUCCCCUACAACCACAUCCACACUCUGUCAGAACCACACUGAAGAGGGGUUUCUACCCUGUUUUUAUAGUUUGAUGCUGCUUGAUUUCUGUCUCUCCCCCUGCCCCCCCCACCUCAUUGUAUUUGCACUUCAAUAUUUAAAUAACAUCGCAAGAGGUUUGAGACAUUUUGUUCAAGAGUGCGUUUGACUUAAUUUUAAUUCAGGGGAGGUCAGAGGUCAGAUCCCCUCUUGCCUUGACACUGACGACGAUGUCUGUUCUGGUUGCACUGAGUCCUGGAGUAACAUCAUUACUGACAGAGGUGGUGGUGUGGGGUGGGGGGGUGACAGGGCACAUAGUCUGUAGAGGAAACUCUUCAUCCUUCUUCACCUCCAUGUUCCCCCCUUUCCCACCUACAUACCCCUUCCAGCAGGCUUGAUCCCUCCCUCCCUCUCUUUGUCAAGGGAGGCCCUGGAACAAGCUUCCACCUCUUCCUGCCUCUUCCCUCCCAGGGACGGGCAGCCUACAUGGGGACUGGCAUCCCUCAGUGCUCCCCUUUACGUGAUAUCCUCCAGGGACAGACCUGGGCCUGACCUGGGCCUGGCCUGGGCCUGGCCUGGGCUGCUCUCAGCAGCAAACCACAUGAACAAGCGCUGCGGAGGAAGUUAUGCAGUUACUGCCUGUGAAGACUGCUUACAGACAAACCUAACUUAUCUGCCUAUAUAUAUAUACAUAUAUAUAUAUAUAUAUAAACAGUGAAUAUAUUUUAUUCAAGUCGAUAAAGAGGGUAUGUGAGUCAUGUAAAAAGUCAUAUUAAUCUAUUGAGUAAAGUUUGAAGUUGAGUUUUCUUUAAGUUUCCUAGUGGCUGUGGCGGCAUGGAAAGGUGAGGUUGACUUGAAGCUCUGACUAGUUCUUCCUGGUUGCCAGGUUUGGGACUUAUUGGGUUGCCAGAUCUAUUGUGCUCAUAUGUUUGGGUUGCGAAACCUGUGUUUCUUUCGUGCAAUGGGAGGGAGGUGUGUCCCCCCCUAGCUGCUCAGCUUGAGUGAUUCUGCUACUGAAUGUGCUAUGACCCCCUACCCCUCCACAUUCACACCCGUCAACAUUCACCUCGGAGGAUUCGCUUUAGUUCGGGCUUCUGCUGACCUUCUGUCAGAGCAGGACGUCAGCAGUAUAUUUUCGUCUAUUUUACCCAUAACCAAAAUGUUAUAGCUGUGCAAAGACUCUACAAAAAAAUUGUAAAUAGGUCAUUGUUAUAUUUCUUGGCAUUUAUCUUUUUGUCCUUUUUUUAUUAUUGCUGAUUCGCUUCUCCCGAUUCGUUUUCUUUGCAUUUCUUCUGCACUACUCUUCCAAGAAAAAUAUGACGAAACAGGCAAACUGUGAUAUUCUCAACUGGAUAUCCUGUUUGUUGAGGGUUUUUUUUGUUUGUUUUUUACUAAAUUUGAAGUGACCAGUAACUCAGAUGACUCUCGUCUCUCCUCAUGGUGAAACAUAUUUUCUUGUACAAGUGAAAAAGUAUUUUUACUUGGAUGGGAACUUGACGAACACAACGAAAGCUACUGAAAUAUUUAAGAUGGUUGAAUUGCUUGCCAAUUUAGUUUGGGUUUGGUUCUUUUAAAGGGUUUUACCGCUGCUAAUAAGGACGUUCUACCACUCCAUUCAUACCUCUAAGGAAGGAGCUGAGAUCAUAAAAAGGACAUAUCCGUACAGAGGAGUACAUGAGAAAAUGUGUGAUAUACAUGUACUUGAUAUUUAUGACAAUUAUUUAUGGUUGCAUUAACUUAACUUUGACUGUCUUACUUCUCCACAUCGGAAACUUAACACAGAUAUCUAAAAAUUGAUUAUACAGAAGUAAAGAAUCGGAUGGCGUUUAUGAUUUCUGUGUCACAAUUAAAAAAACAAUGUCUUGAUGUAA